AGCCGUCUCGGCUCGGCCGGCCGGAGUGGGAGGCCUGCUGCCGCCGGGGCGCGCGGGGCCGGCCGCCCGUCGUACGGCGGAGCCCCCCAGCAUGGCGGAGGGCGGCCGGUCGAGGGCGGGGGCGCUGGUGCCGAGGGAGCCGGCGCUGCCGGCGGCCCUCGACUUCGAGGACCUCGGGGCGCUCCUGGACCUCGCCGCGCCCCAGCCAGGGGAGCAGCCGGCGGAUGCCGGCGGAGCCCCGGCGUUGGAGGAGCUCCUCGCGGCGCUCACCCCGGACGCCCACGAGGCCUUCUGGCGGCGCGUGCUGUCCCUGGCGGGCGACCGGCUGCAGCAGCCCGCUCUCUUUGUGGCGGGCGGUGCGCCCGCGGCCGAGGACAGGCGGACGGUCGAGGCCGUCGCUGCGCUGCUGUGCGCCUUCGCGGAGGUGGCGCUGGACCCAGCGCGGUGCCUGGCGUUACCGCCUUCCUUCGCGCAGGCCGCGUCGUUGUGCCAGGAGCUGCUCCUCACGAUCCCUGACGCGGGCACGCAGUCGCUGAUCGCGAGCGCGCUGGAGAGGAUCUGCGCGGGCAGGUUCGACAAUUGUGAGGACUACUACGGCGGCGUGCUCAUGUUCCUCAUAACCAAGUGCCUGACCACGAGGAUGACGGGAGCGGACGUCUCCCGGCUCCACAAGGUGCGGGGCUUGCUGGGGGAGCUCGACUGGGAGCACGAGUCCAUCGAGUCCCUCAAGCUGCAGCUGCUUCGCUGCGCCGCCAGCCCGAGCUUCAUGAGGACCGUCCACGGGCCCGACCUGGUGUCCUUCUUUUACACCGUCCACCCCAGCUUCACCCAGGAGGUGCACGCCACCGUGAAGAACCAGGUGCUGUACACUCGUCAAGUGGCCUUGAAGGCUUACGCGGUCGGCCUGUUCAAGGCCUGGAAGCACUCCACCGGCGGGGCGCGCGUGCAGGUGGAGCUCUGCGUGCAGGACUGGGUCGUCUUGGCCAUCCGCUGUGCGCGCAAGAGCGCGGACCGCGCCCGAGGGAUGCUGGAAGAGCUGCACCUGCGCAAGCACGAGGAGUCCGCCACAGACCUGCUCUGUCGACUAUACGGUCCCGUGCUCUGGCGCGACCUGAAGGUGGCCAACCCCCAGGUGCGCGAGAACGCAGCCAGGCUGCUGCUUUACGUCUUCCCGCUCAUCCCGAACGACCUAGGUCUCGCAGAGAAGGAGACCGAGCUAGCCAGGCAGAUCCGGCUUCUCAGGGGCACCCUCGAGGAUCCCACCGAGAGCGUGCGCCGAGCCGGGGUGGAGUCGACGUGCGUCGUUCUGAAGAACUAUUGGGACAUCAUACCUCCGGCGGACAUCGCGGACAUGCUCACCAUCCUGAUGGAUAAGUGUUCUCACGACAAGAAGGCGCCGGCCGUGCGCGCUGCGGUACUCGAGGGUUUCGGUUGCAUCCUCGACAACGCGCUGUCGCACCCGACCAUGGCGGCGGUGCUGCCGCAGACGGCGGAGCUGCUGAACGACAGGUCCCCCGUCGUGUGCGCCGCCUUCGUCGGCCUGCUGAACAUAGUCAGCCAGUGCCGCGGCGUCUCGGUCACCAACGUGGUGGGCAACGAGGCGCUGCUGACCCGGCUCGCGCACGCGCACGCCGACGGUGUGGCCGAGAGGCUGCAGCGUGGGAUGCAGAGCUGCAACAAGGCGGGCCUGGGGCCAGAGUCGCCCGAGGUCGUGUCGCGGCUGCUGGCGAGGCUCAUGGCGCCCUCCCUGUUCCAGCAGGACAUCGUCCAACAGGUCACCCGCUGCCGCUACCUGAUGCAGCACUGGCCGCUGGCUUUGCUGGCGCUGCUCACGCACGUCCGGGACGUGACGCCCGUGCACGAGAGGGUCAAGCUCGGUGCGGCCCUCUUCCAGUGUGGCCUCCGCGAGGCGGCGGGGGCCGCGCGCGGCGGCGCCAGUUGGGCUGACGGGGGCGCGCCGCCGAAGAUGUUCGCCACAACGCUCCGGGCCGUGGGCGUUUUGCUGGAGGGCGCGCAGGCCCGGGAGACGGCCGACGGAAGCAGGAUCCCGAAGGAGCUGGAGAAGUUCGUGUACGAGCACAUCAAGGAGAAGAGCUUUUUGCACCUGCUGCAGGGGGCCCAGGACGACAGCGACUGCGGCGAAGCGGCGCGGCUGCGCGAGGACCUGCUUUUUGCGCUCUCGCCGCUCGACCCGGCCCGCCUGCCGAAGACCGCGCGCUUCGUGACCAGCGAGCUGGAGCUGGCCUGCCGCGGGGGCGGCGAGUUGGGCGAGGCCGCGCCGUCCCGGCUGCUGGCACUCAUGCGGGCGGCGGCGCGCUGGGGGCUUCUGGUGAGCUCGGUGCAGCCUGCGUGGGAGCGCCUGCUUGCAGCCGCCAAACGGCUGAAGCAGCGCAAGCAGGUGGAGCAGGACGCGGGCGGGGCGGCCGCCGCCGUGGAGGCUCUGCUGCGGGACCCGGAGCUCCGCGCCGCGGCGAUGCCCGCGAUGGCGGCUCCGCUGGCGGAGGCCACCGAGCAGCUGUCGAGAGCCCUGGGCGCUGCCUGGGCGGCUGGCGUCGCAGGGCUGCGCGCAGGGGCGGCGGGGGGCAGGGACCCCCAGCUGCUCGGCCCCGCCGCGGAGACGUGGCCGCGCUUCCUCGGCCUCGUGGUCCGAGCGUCGCUUCACGUGGACCUUCGCAGCUCCGCGCCAGACGACGCCGGGGAGCCCGGCAGCACGGAGGCCCUGCAGGACGCGGCUGCCGGGCCGCCAGCUGCCCCCGUGGGGGCGGUGGUGCUGCGGCUGGCGAGGGAGCUGACCUCGGAGCAGUCCGCGGCCGCGCUGGAGGCAGUGGAGGCUGCCGCCGACGCCUGCGGGGGCCCCGGGCAGCCCCCGAAGAAGAAGGCGAGGGGCGCGGCGCUGCCGGCGGACGUGGACUGCGCGCUGCAGGUGCACCAGCGCCUGCUGGAGGCGCUCAGUGCCACGCAGUGCCUCGCGGUGCUGAGGCCAGCGGCCCGCGCUGCAGGGGAGGCCGAGGCCGCCAGCGCGGCCGCCACCCGCGCGCCGCUGGAGGACCACUUGUGGCGGUGGGCCCGCGCCGCCGACGCCCUGCGCCCUGCGGAGGAGGGCCCGCGCUUGCCCGCCGCCUGGGUGUUCCUGGGCCGCCAGCUGCAGCAGAUGGCAAGUGCAGAGCUGCCCCCGUCGGAGAUCAUCCUCGCCGCACGCCGGCUCCUCGGCCGCGUGACGGACGAGGUGCCCUCAGACGACGACGAGCUGAAGAGGGCAUUGCAGGUGCUCUUCGGGGGCCUCGAGUCCGAGCCCGAGAUGGUGCGCUUUGCGGCCGAGCUGCUCGGGGAGAGCCUCGACGGUGUCGACACCGACGGCAAGGCUGCGGACCCCGCGGCCAGCGCGCACCCGCGGGUGAAGAAUGUGGUCACGAGCAUCCUGCCUAGCUUCGGCAACCUGCGCCGGCAUCUCAUCCCCGGCGCCGCCGAGGCCGACAGGGCGGAGGAGGAGCGCCGCCGCGUCUUCGCCACCGCCACGCCCCUGCGAGGGGCACGCCUGCGCGGCGGGGCCGAAGCCGAGGCCGGCGACCCCGCGGCGGCGUCGCCAGAGCCGCACGGCGGCGCCGGUGGCCAGAGCAGCCCCGGGCGCAGCCGGUCCCCGGCGGGCUACCGCGGCGGCCGCAGCAGCGGGAGGUCGCAGGACAAGGCGUCCCUCUUCGGCGAGUGCUUCGGCGCGGAGCAGCGCCCGUCCACGGCGGCGGACACGGCGUCGCGCGCGGCGCCCUCGCCCGAGGGCGACGCGCCGCCCAGGACGCUGACGCCAAGAGUCGGAGUGGCGAACGCAGGGCUCAUCUUGCAGGAGAGCGAGACGAUCUUCAGGAACAGGACCCUUGGUGCUGCCGACAACAUCAUCAACAAACACAUGGAGCAGUUCAGAGGCCACAUGGCCAAGUACAUGGAGACCACCUUCCAGGACACGAUGCAGUCUGUUCGUGAGGAGUUGGGCACGAUGGUGGCGACGCAGCUCCAGCCCCACUCGGAGCGCCUCGACAGGCAGCAGGCUCAGCUUCGGGUGGUUCAAGCCAAGAAUGAGGAGCUUAGCCAAGAGCAGGAGGCCCUCAAGGCGUCGGUCAAGCAGCUCCAGGACACCCUGGCCAUCGCCGAGCAGCAGGUGGCAGCGCCCAUCGACGUUGCCAAGCUCAUGGAGUGGAACCGCACCAUCGAUCUUUCGGUCUUCACUCUUUCCAGCGACGUGGCGGCUGCCCCGAAUGACAUCUUCAAUGCACUUGCUGAGUGGAUGCAGGCGGCCAACGUCUCCAGGGACCAGCUGCGAUUGGUGGGCGACACCCCGCAGAAGAAGUUCAUCUUGCAGUGUGUUGGAGGAGCCGCUGGAGUUGCCCGAGCCAAUGCCUUGCAGACAUCCCUCAAGUUGCCCAACAACCAAGGCUGGCGCCAAUUCGAGGUGCUCGCUGUCAGUGGAGCUCGCGUCUCCCUGUACGUCAACCCUGACAAGAAUGCGAAGGACAUACGGAAGGAGGUUCAGACCAAAAAGCUUCUGGGAUUGGUCCGGACAGCUGCGGCGUCUUCAACGGUGGCCAGCACGCGUUCUACGGAGUGCUGGGCUCGGAGACCCAAAGGACUGGUCUACGUCGGCCAGACAGCGAUUGUCUCGGUACAGGUUCAAGGCCCCGAUGAGGCUACGAAGUUGGCGUGGGACACGCAGGCGGCAGAGCGGCCCGGCAUCGAUUGGCAAGCAGUUGGUACUGAAUUCAAAAAUCUUCGGAAGGCAUCUUCGCUUCACGUCGGCACUGUCUGCUGGAAUGCCCACGGCCUUCUGCUACGUCGGGAUCCUGCUCGGCGUCGCCGCAAAAUUGCACUAGUGGCUGACCUUCUUCGCAAGCGUAACGUCGUUAUCACUCAAGAGGUCCAUGGCUUCGAAAUCACAUUGACCAACUACCUGAACCAGUUUAACGUGAACUGCAAGAUGCAUUUUUCGGGGACGGACCGUCCCAGUGCAGGCGGAGUGGCGAUCCUGAUUCCAUGGUAUGACGCGCGCACUGUGGCGGCUGCUGGUGCUGCGGGACUCCCUCGCCUCCGUCAUCGCACUUUGGAGGAUGGCAGGGCCAUCGUGACCAGCAUCGAGAACCCUGUGACAAAGGGCGAGUUCCGCAUCAUGAAUAUUCACAAUUACGAUAUCUCGGAGGCGGGUCGUGCCAAGAUCAAGCGGGUCUGGAAGGAAUGCAUCGCCUGGUCGAAGCGCGACCCGAUGAAGCACACGUUCAUUGUCGGCGGUGACUUCAACAUGACCGAUGUGCCGACGGAGUCCAUUCUGUAUCCACAACCGAAACAAGCGAGGAGAUCAGAGGCAGGCCGAGCCAACCGUUCGGAGCCGUUCUGGCGUGAGCUCUUCAACGAUGCGGCGAUGCUUGAGGUCUGUUCUCCAAUCCCGACCCAUUACACUGCUGAUAACAAUACUUUGAGGACUAUUGAUCGGUUCUUUGUUUCCAUCGAGCCGGCCUUCGCCAUUGAGACCGAGGUGGACGUGGAGGUGAUCCAGGACGCUUUCACUUUGAAUGCCAAGCAGCUGAGCGACCAUGCUAUCAUCAAACUUCGGAUGGCUACUCGACGGUCGCCUGCUCCGGCCCACCAGCGCAUCCCGUUCUUCAUCUUCAAGAGCGACGAGUACCGUGCUGCCCUCGAGAGGUGCAUCGAUGGUUGCAACUACGAGAUGAUGGACCCGUACCGCCAGUGGGAGGUGAUCAAGGAGCUUAUGACGGUGGCGGCGGAGACUGCGCGUAACGAACUCCUGGCCAAGGAGGUCACAGGAGAAGGCGAUAUCCCGAAAAGGGCGACCUUGUUGGCUUUUGGUGCCGCGGCUCGCGCGGUGCGGCGCCAGGGCGCGCGGCUUGCCAAGAAGUUGAUCAACCGCGCGAUCGUCGGCGAGAGGGAGCUCUACAUCGAUGGGCACGAGGCGAAGCUGAGCGCGACGGUGAUGGUGCAGCGGGCGCUUCUGUGGAACAACACCAAGCGGAUGCUGAUCCUGGCUGGCGUGAGGCAGGGCCAGAAGCCCAGCAUGGGGCGGGAAGAAAAUGGCCACGAAGUGGCGGCGCAGGGGGCGCGGGCCCUUGAGGAGGUCGAGGUGGUGCGUGAUGCCAGUGCCAUGGUCGAGGCGCUGAAGAGGACUCAGCUCCUGGACCUGAUCGACUUCCAGCUCGUGCGUGGCGUGGUGCCGCCUGCGGCCAGCCGCGGCCGCGCCCGGGAAGAGGGCGAGGGCGCGGGCCUCCGCGUGAGCUCGGGGCCUGCGCCCGCCGCGGGCGGAGCCGCCCCGGGGGUGUCCCGCCGCGCUGUUGGCCUGCGGCUCGCCGCCCCGUCGGGGUUGCCGCACGAGCAUGCCGUCUGA